GCCUGCAGUGAUGUCCGAUCGGAGUUUUAUAUUCUUUGUUUACUAUAAAAUUACAAUUUUCGGUUCAAUUUAUAUACUUUUAUGUGAUAAAAUACAAUGUUUAUAGGCAUACAAACUUUGGACAGUACAUUGGUUGCGUACAAGUGUGUGAUUUGACGUAAAUCUAGUGGUACCAGUCUCACCUUGUAAAGAGAAAAUGGGGAACUGUUGUAGUGGCGGGGGAGAAAAGGAUCCUAAGAACAAGAAUGAAAGAACGAACCCUCAUGAGGAAGAUCCUAGACAAUUUCAGACUCCAGUGCCAACCCCACCCCCGGAUCCAAUUAGAUCUGCAGUGAAUCAGGGCCCAGAUACAAGUGAGGUGCCUCCCACCCGAAUUUUUGUUGCCUUGUAUGAUUAUGACGCUAGGACAGAUGAAGACCUUAGCUUUAGAAAAGGGGAGCACCUAGAAAUUCUGAACGACACACAAGGUGACUGGUGGUUGGCGAGAAGUAAAAAAACUAAACAAGAGGGCUACAUUCCUUCAAACUAUGUCGCUCGAUUGCAGUCUAUUGAGGCGGAGCCAUGGUACUUCCGUAAGAUCAAGCGGAUUGAGGCUGAGAAGAAAUUGCUCCUGCCUGAGAAUGAACAUGGAGCCUUCCUUAUCAGGGACUCCGAGAGUCGUCACAAUGAUUUCUCGCUAUCUGUACGUGAUGGCGACACGGUGAAGCAUUACCGCAUCAGACAGUUGGACGAGGGGGGAUUCUUCAUCGCUCGUCGUACCACCUUCCGUACGCUUCAGGAACUGGUCGAGCAUUACAGCAAGGACGCCGACGGACUCUGCGUCUCGCUUAGCAAGCCUUGUGUACAGGUCGAGAAACCCGUAACAGAAGGCCUAUCUCACAAAACGCGCGAUCAAUGGGAGAUUGACCGUUCCUCGCUCAAGUUCGUUCGCAAACUCGGCCAUGGGCAAUUCGGCGAAGUUUGGGAGGGCCUUUGGAACAAUACAACUCCAGUCGCUAUUAAGACUCUCAAAUCGGGUACCAUGGACCCUAAGGACUUCCUCGCUGAGGCUCAGAUCAUGAAGAAGCUGCGGCACAAUAAGCUCAUCCAGUUGUACGCUGUCUGCACCUUAGAGGAACCUAUUUACAUCAUCACUGAGCUGAUGAAAAAUGGAUCUCUUUUGGAUUACUUGCAAGGCAAAGGGCGCGGUCUGAAGCUCCAACAACUAAUAGACAUGGCGGCGCAGAUAGCAGCGGGCAUGGCGUACCUCGAAUCGCAGAAUUAUAUCCACCGCGACUUGGCCGCCCGAAAUGUGCUUGUCGCUGACGCUAACAUCGUCAAGAUUGCUGAUUUCGGUCUUGCUAGGCUUAUUAAGGAGGACGAAUAUGAGGCUCGCGUUGGCGCACGAUUCCCGAUCAAGUGGACGGCGCCCGAGGCUGCCAACUAUAGCAAAUUCUCCAUCAAGUCUGAUGUCUGGUCCUUCGGCAUCCUGCUCACUGAGCUCGUCACUUACGGGCGAAUACCGUAUCCGGGCAUGACAAACGCUGAAGUCCUUCAUCAAGUAGAACAUGGCUACCGUAUGCCGUGCCCUCAAAACUGUCCUGCUGCCCUCUACGACAUCAUGCUCGAAUGCUGGCACAAGGAUCCUCUGAAGCGACCCACUUUCGAGACCCUGCAGUGGAAGCUCGAGGACUUCUUCACCAUGGACAAUUCUGAGUAUAAGGAGGCGUCCGCUUACUGAGCCCGGCCCUCCCUGCCGCCUCACCGACACGCACACGCACAUCAUACUCCAGGCCUGUACCACAUGCCGCCAGAGCUCCAAUUGUUGCACACAAGCACAUCGAUGCAACAUCUGCAAAUGCACCAGCUCGCAGCCCAUCAGGCCAGCAUCACGCAAAUGCAAGGCUUACAGGCGAGUAUGAAGCCGCAGCUGCCUCCCAUGCAGCAAAUGCAGCAGCAAAUACAGCAACAGCAACUGCAGCAACAAUUGCAGCAAAUGCGGCAACUGCAAGGCGCGAGGCCAUUAUGCCACCAUCACUCGCAACCGCGGCAUAAUACGCUCGCCGCUUACCGCGCCCCGUGAGCUGUUGCACGCAUCUGCAGUUGUGUCGAUCCACACUAAAGCCUCUCCAUUGUAUUCAUGCCUUUUUGGAAAUAGCUUGAGAAAUUUUGGUGUUUCUAAACAUCGAUGUACCUCGAUGUAACUUUAACCAAGGAGGAAUUGGAAUGUUACAUAAGAUAUACGUACAGAUGUAUGCUCUAUUAGAGUCUAAAGCGAAAUAUCAAACAUGUCUCGAGUUUUUUUCCAAGAAAACUAACUUCACAAAUCCCACAGAUGUCAAACACUAACAAGUGGGCCGUAGCCCUAUCAAGAUUUUAGCAAUCAUCUGUUCAUGAGCGGCAGUAGACAAUGCGUAAACGCAUCGUAGACAAAAGUACUUUUCCGCAAUCAUACAUUUCUAUUUCGUUUACAUUGUCUGUAGCCGCUUUACAAAUCACGUAGCGAUAGUUGACGCGAAACCUUAAACGUUAGCGGAACACUUGAAACUGGCGAAAUCCUAAAAGAGCACCGCUAAUAAAUAAACAGAACGUUUACAUUGAACACUUGUCUGUUUUGUUCAUGGGAUCGAUUACAAGAUUCAUAACAUGAGCAUUGUCUUUCGUGUCAGGUCCUAUUGCGUAAUUUGUAUUUUUUUAUCCUGCGCUUCCCUUUCGACCACCAUUUUUACUCAAAUUGUCCAUUCCGUUUUGUAUUGCAAAACAUUCUCUACUUAUGAAUCUGUUUCGAAUUACGUUUCGUGGUCAGAAAUUACUGAAUCGCCUUUGCGUUGAUUUCGGAAAUUGCUUAACUCUAAAAGUUAUUGUCAAGCUUUGGCGACUUCCAUAUUUCUGACUACUUAUUUAAACCUAAUCUAACUUAGUCAAAUGUCACGAUGACCUAGAUAAUGUAUGAAAUAACUUUACAUUGCCGAAGGGCACGAAUGAUGUACGAUGAUAAAUGAUUUAUAAUUAAUUACCAUUCCAAAAAUCCGGGACAAAAUGACAAACCAAGGAGCUAUCAACUACGACCUAAAUGGUUCCCUAGGAUUUUUGACUAUGUAUUUUGGAUUUAUACUUUGAGCCAAAGCGAUCGAACUGAAUUACGUUACGUGUUUUUGAAGUAUUUUCGAUAAAGGACAGCAGGGGGUCAUUAAUAUUCUUCACGAAGAGUGUGAAGUUGUAGCAUUAAAUGUAAACGUAAUUUGACACAUCGAUCGAUAAUAAGUUUAGUUAGACUUGUCUACGAUUUUUCUAAAUGUAUUUAGCAUACCAUAGGUUAACUUUUACAGUUCUUCAAAUUUAGCCUCGUAGGUCAGAUUAUAAUAUUCGUUGAAACUGAAAAAGCUUUGAGUGUUCUAGGCAAGGGCCCAAAGACGUAACUGUUAUAACUAUUUCAGCAUCUGUAUAAUUGAACUCAAAAUGCUGGUACUAUACAAUCUACAAUGAUUUUUUUUUAGAUUAUCGAUGUCAAUGCACCGAUGCAUUGUACAUUUUACCUUAAUGGUAUGUUGUUUAUGUUCAAUUUCGCAGGCGCUAAAUAUAUAUAUCGCUAUAGCGGUUAUUUUUUACGGUCCCUUGUUCCAGAGCUUGAAUUAUGAUAUUUUUUCGACAGUAUUGAGUAACAUAUCAGUGCUUGUUUGUCUUGUUAGCUUCAAGUAGUUUCCGUUUGCGCCCCAGUACGAUGCGUUUAUUUUGCAGAGAGUUUUUGUACGCAUCAAUAUAUCUUAGACUAAACAAAGGUUAAAAUAUUUCGGAUCGAUGUUAGAGGCUAUUCCGUAUACUACGAAUUGGUUUCUCCACAUGAGCAACGUAACUGGCACUGUGGAGGGUAGUCGCGGAUAGUUGUCGGAAUAGGUCGGCAAUCUGCGGUGUGAAAACAGAGCAGCGUGGGCAAUAAGUGCGACACGUGCGUGAGAAGGAGAAAAUUUAGGUUCGGCAGGGAAUAUAUCAUGCCAAAGCGCAUGACUUGACGUUUAUGUUUCGAAGAGGCGCAUUAAUAGGUAUUUUCACCUUCGUAUACCAUGUUUAAUGUAGAAUAUUGGUGAUAGAUGCCAAAUAAUCCUAAUAAAGAACUGAAUUUAUAUACAUAUUAACUGUUCUGAGGGUAUUUAGUCUUUAGGACUUUAUUUAUGUAAUUUAUAACGCGAUAGGUUUUCUGUAACACGAUCUAUUGUUAUCGAUCGACUCAUUUUAUUUAUGUGAUGAUUUUGAUAACCUGUUUUUGCACGAGUUCCAUGUAACGGGAAACAAUUCUUGUGCUCAACUUACUAAAUUCGCGACUAUACUGUAUUGUAUAAUCAAAAACUGAUAUUUUGUUUGUGCCAAGACUUUUAGUUUAAGCUGAAAUAUGAUGCCACACCUAAUAAUCCCAUUUGUAACGACCCAAAAAUGGAUUUUUUCCUCUUACUCUUUUCUAAGACAUGAUUGGCCUAAGUAAGUAAGUAUUUUUCAAUGUGUAGGUUUUGUGUCCUAACAUUUUAGAAUUAACAUAGCAUAUUUAUUAUACAUUAUUAGACGCUUCAGGCAGUCAACAGAAUUAUGACAUGAUAUUGUUUCUCAUUUGUUAAUUCGCAAAAAAGCACAUUUUUAUUGUGAAAAUGUAUGUGCAAUAUUUGUUACUUUUUAACCCCGGUGCUGACGAGAUUAUUUUCGUAAACUUCGCAGAUAUAGUAUAAAAUUAUAACAUCCUCAGAACUUUUAAAAGACGAAUAGUAGUUGUCGUAAGGUAAAUAUUAUAAUUGACGAUAAUUCCAAAUCUUAAUGUUACUGUAAAUGUCGCAACAAUAGUUUUGUAAUUUUGAUCUUUCCACAACAUGUAAAUAGUGCAGUAGUAGUAAAGAUUGAGUGAUAUUAUAAUGUUGGUGUUAUGUAAUUAGUACGCAAAAUAGGCCCAAAACAAAAAAACCAUUCCAAUAGUACGGCUAAUUGAAGUGACAAAACACGUUUUUGCACAUCGUGAAUGCUUUUAAUACCGCUAUAUUUGUUAACAAAAAUCAACUACAUCGCACAAGUAUUGAAAUAAUUAUUAUACCGAUUAAUAUAUUGUACUUGUAAGGUGCCUGAAGUAAUUGCAUUUUUAAGUCACAAAAUAUUUAGGUGUAUCACGGAGCAGUCUGUUUAGUACAGAGGGUAUUUAAACCCCGUUCUAUAAUGAACUUGUUUUCUAUACUUCAGACUACUCCUUAAUAGACCACCAUUACGCACUGUGUAUAGAGCACGAAUUAUGUAUGUAUAGUAGUGAAUUUUGAUGAAUUGAUCAUAACCGGAGUGUUCAAGGCAUCUGUAUCGAACGAUGAUUUAUAGCAAAGUUGAUCGAUCUUAAUUAAAAUAAGAUAAUAAAUUCCAAAAUUAUUUACUCUCCUGUGUUAUUUCCAUAAUUUAUUUUCUAUUUUUAAAACUCAUUUUUAAGUUUUAGCUGUAUAAACAUGCUUUAGGUUUUAUGCUUUAUGUUUAAGCUAAGUUUCGCUAUUUGUAUUCUAAUUAAAUGGCAAUAUUAUUAAUUUUACGUAUAUUUGUA